GAGGAACCUCUCUGUCCCAGAGGGCCAGCUGUGUCUGGGCGUGGGCUCCUCUAAGGGCACUCAGACAGGCCCUCCAAGAGAGCCAGCCAUCAGUGACAGGCCUGCAAGACAUCAGACCAGCCCUGAGAACUAGCUGUCGAAGUUAGCCCAUAUACUCUCCAUUCAUAAAUAUGACUAGACAACUGAGGAUUGCUAAGACUGUAAGGAAAACCAGCAGCAUGAAAGAGAAGAGCCAAGAAUGAACGAGCAGAAUAACUAACUCCAGAGAAAAAAUAGAUAAUUUAAGGAACAAAAGGAACCCUUGAAAAUUUCCAAUCAAUAUUCUGAGAAAGAGUUAAGAAAAUAAUUGCAUCUGAAAACAAACAACAAAGAACAGAGUGUACUGAACACCAACACAAAGUGGAAGAGCCUUGAGCUGGAGGUACAGUAUACUGUUUACACUGAAGGAGCUCGUGUGUGGACAAGGAAGCUCUGACGGCUCAAAUGGAUCCUGUGGAACUGGCAAAUGUCAACAUGGGACCUGAUGAUGAGAGCAGCAGUGGAGAAAGUGCUCAAGACAGCUACUCCGGGAUGGAAAACUUAGAAAAGGCAGCAAUGAGCAGUCAAUUUACUAAUGAAGAUGAUGAAAGUCAGAAAUUCCUGACAAAUGGAUUUUUGGGGAAAAAGAAGCUGGCAGAUUAUGAUGAUGAACAUCAUCCUGGAAACACCUCGUUUGGAAUGUCUUCAUUUAACCUGAGUAAUGCCAUCAUGGGCAGUGGAAUCUUGGGCCUGUCCUAUGCCAUGGCCAACACAGGGAUCAUACUGUUUGUAAUCAUGCUGCUUACUGUGGCAAUAUUAUCACUCUAUUCAGUUCACCUUUUAUUAAAGACUUCAAAGGAAGGAGGGUCUUUGAUUUAUGAAAAGUUGGGGGAAAAGGCAUUUGGAUGGCCUGGGAAAAUCGCAGCUUUUAUUUCCAUUACAAUGCAGAACAUUGGAGCAAUGUCAAGCUACCUCUUUAUCAUUAAAUACGAACUACCUGAAGUAAUCAAAGCAUUCAUGGGACUUGAAGAAAAUACUGGAGAAUGGUACCUCAAUGGCAACUACCUCGUCAUAUUUGUGUCUGUUGGAAUCAUUCUCCCACUUUCUCUACUUAAAAAUUUAGGUUACCUUGGUUAUACCAGUGGAUUUUCUCUUACCUGCAUGGUGUUUUUUGUCAGUGUGGUGAUUUAUAAGAAAUUCCAAAUACCCUGCCCUCUGCCCAAUCUGGAUCACAAUGUUGGAAAUCUGACAUGCAACAAUACAUUUCCAAUGCACGUGGUAAUGUUACCCAACGACUCUGAGAGCAGUGGUGUGAACUUCAUGAUGGAUUACACCCACCAGAAUCCUGCAGGGCUCGAUGACAACCCGGCCAAGGACUCUCUGCAUGGCAGCGGUGUAGAGUAUGAAGCACACAGUGAUGACAAGUGUCAACCCAAAUACUUUGUAUUCAACUCCCGGACGGCCUAUGCAAUUCCUAUCCUAGCAUUUGCUUUUGUUUGCCAUCCUGAGGUCCUUCCCAUCUACAGUGAACUUAAAGAUCGGUCCCGGAGGAAGAUGCAGUCAGUGUCAAAUAUUUCCAUCACGGGGAUGCUCAUCAUGUACCUGCUUGCUGCCCUCUUUGGUUAUCUAACAUUUUAUGGAGAAGUUGAAGAUGAAUUGCUUCAUGCUUACAUCAAAGUGUACACAUUCGACACCCCUCUCCUCAUGGUACGCCUGGCGGUCCUUGUGGCAGUCACACUAACGGUGCCCAUCGUCCUGUUCCCAAUUCGUACGUCAGUGACAACACUGUUAUUUCCCAAAAGGCCCUUCAGCUGGAUAAGACAUAUCCUGAUUGCAGCCAUGCUUAUUGCACUUAACAAUAUUUUGGUCAUCCUUGUGCCAACUAUAAAAUACAUCUUUGGAUUCAUAGGGGCUUCCUCUGCCACCAUGCUGAUCUUCAUUCUCCCAGCAGCUUUUUAUCUUAAACUUGUCAAGAAAGAACCUCUUCGGUCACCCCAAAAGGUUGGGGCUUUAAUUUUCCUCGUGGUUGGCAUCAUCUUCAUGAGUGGAAGCAUGGCGCUCAUUAUCACGGACUGGAUUUACAACCCCCCGAAUUCCAAGCAUCACUAACCCAAAGAGAAAUACUUUCUUUUUCUACUGGAAGUGGUUACAAAUUAUGCUCCAAAGGACACGUGAGCUAUUUUACCCCCGUGAUUGGAAUGUUAUUCGUAGGAAGUAACAAGAAGAUUCCAAAGAUAUUCACCAGUAACAUCACCAGGCACCUUCAGAAGAGAAAAUCAUCAUUUUUGUCAACAGUGGCUGUUUAUGUGUUUAAAAUCUGCGGUGCACAUUUCUACGCAGGUUUUGCCAGAGGAGUAUAAGAUGAUGUAUUUUUGCUGUUGUACAAACAGAAUAAGGGUAGCUGAGUGUAAUGGUCAUCAGAUAGUCCCCUCCCCCUUUCCUUAGUACCAAAUACUUGUAUUCUCAGAAUAUCAAAUGAAAUGCCCUGGUGGCAAAGCUAUCCCCACUUAAUGCCUUCCCCUAAUCUUGCACUAAACACUUUGGGUCUAUUUAAUAACAGAGGCAAAAGGCAUGUCUUACAAACUGUCCCUGUAAGAUACAUGAGUGAUCAGACACCAGGCUAGAGUAUCUUAUUGUCAACAGUAAAAGAAUAUUUUGCCCAUCCUAUUUGUGACAUUGAAUUAAUGACGUCUUCAUUUAGACUUUUUUUUAAACAUUAAGAGAGGGGUCUUAUUUAAAUUAUAGAGCAACAACAAAAAUAAUGCUUAUAGCUGAACUGCCUGUUCUGGAAGCAUUUGCUUUUUCAUAUUCGUCUUAGUCCUCUUAUCAUACUUUUAUUAUUGAACAAUGCUCUCCCUCUCGUCUUCCAUUCUCAUUCAGAAUUUUUAGAAGACCACAAUUCAUGUGGAGGUACACUACCCAGUAUUGUUUGAUACAUUUUUAUUUGAUAAACAUUCAGUGCAGGAAACUGUGAUUGCUAUGUGUUUGUGUAUAUAAUCUUAUUCUGUAGUCACCAGAAUUUUAAUGUAUGGUACAUUUGAUUUUUAUUUUUUACAUGUGUAGUUUGUCUCUCAUUACAGUCAAAACAUUUAUAUUAUUUGGGGUGAGGGCAGGGAAUUAAGUUGAUGGGCUCAAAAAUCCAUUUGUACGUAUUUGUCUAUUCUGGAUAUUUUAAAUUUGAAACCUAAGUUAUACAUAGCUCCGUAAUGUUCUUUUUCAAUGUUUACAGUAAUAUCAUAAUCACCUGCAAGAAAAUAAGUUCUUAUUUGCAAAAAUUUUUAAUAAUACUGUUCAUUUAAUUUAGCAUAACUACAAUAGCAUUUAGUUCAUUAUAUCUUAGACAGGUGUUUGCAGACAUUUAUUUGCCAUUUACUACAAUGUUGAGUGGUUCUCCAUAAAAAUAAAUGCUAA